AGUCUGUUAUUUUGAUGAACACAACUACUUUAUCCGCCAUUUUACUAGUUUUGAAGCGAAAAACAAAGAUCACGUGAGCUUUCUAUCGAGUAAGGAAACUUCUCUCAAAACAACGUAAAAUAAAAGCACAUCAAAUAACUUGUGUUGGUCACUAGACAAGUAUAGGAGACGAAGCGCGAUAGUACAGCGAGCAAUUAUCAAGCUCGUAAGCACGCCCGUUUUACUCUACGCAGUACAACGAGCCCGUUGUUUCCACCUAAGCUACUCACAGUAUCCUCAACACCACCGAAAAAGAAAAGAGCCAUGGAUGUCACGCUGGAGAAUUUCGAUCAGCUCUUGCCGGUCAUCGAGCAAGAAAUCGAGGCUGCGGACUAUAUCAGCAUCGAUUUGGAGAUGACGGGAAUCCGCAACCCGAGUGAAAAACCGAGCUAUUUUCUGGACUUGCCCAACAUUUUGUACAAGAAGAAUCGGGAGAUCGUGAACGCCUUUGACAUCAUGCAGAUCGGGAUCUGUUGCGUGAAAAAGCAGAAACAUGAUACGGCAACCGGUCGUACUUCAGGUGGAAGUCCAUCAAGCAAAAAUUCCCGUGACAACUCACCUUCGUACAAGCUCACGCCCUUCAACUUUUAUGUGUUAAAACGAUCCAUAGACCGGAUCCAGAAGACCCUGGUGACGUUGGACACGGAAACGCUGAUGUUUCACACGGAAAACAAGUUCGACUUCCAAAAGUGGCUGCAGUUUGGGAUCGGGUUUUGCGACUCCAAAAUCGAGGAAAUGCUGAUGGCGCAGUUCCGGCAGGAGGCGGCGUCGUUCCAGAGCAUGAGCGAGGCGCUGGCGGGGUUAUCCAAAGAUGCAAAGAAUAAUGAAUAUCGACGCAAUUUGACGUUAUUAUUGACGGACCUGCUCUUGUAAGUACAUGCUUUAUUCCAGGAUCUUCCCACUUUGCAACUAGAGCUAGACCACACAAAUUAUUUCGGUCUGUCUGUCGUGCAGCGAAGAUAUAACUCAGCAUGCAAAACCGCACAAGAAGAAAUAGUUUUCUCACGAAUAAGUAAGUGGGUGUGUCUGCUCGUCACGUAUGCAGAUGUUCUCGUCUUUAUGCGAUAUUGAUAGGGGGUUUUUCGAAAAUUCCAUAUGCUACAGCCCAGAACAACAAGAAGCAAGACUUUAACGUCGGUGGCGGAAUCACGUUGGAACGGAAGGAUGACCGCGACUGGUUCGAAAAUCUGUGGACCAGCGAGAUCAAGCCUUUCUUCGACAAGGAGAACAGCAAGACCAACCUAUCAAAUGUAAAAAUGUCUGGGUCUGGAAGAAUGCAACUUGUCAUGCUAAAUCUGAAGAAUGCAAAAAUCUGUGUUGCAUGAUUACCAAAAGUCGUCCAAUUCUGACCAAGUCGGGAGGGAGUUUCUCAUGCAGGAUAGGCAUGAGAGAGAUCGCACAGAAUCUGUCAUGCUAGGUCCUGCAUUCCAAACCUCAGGGGUCAUGGAAAAGCUGCAUGACAAAUCGCGCAUUCUUCCAGACCCAGACACUUUUGCAUCUGAUACAACCCGGAGGAAAACAAGUUCAAGCUGCCCAACAUGAACGCGUUUUAUCCUGAGUAAAAACGUCCCCAGAGUCAACCUGGGGAUUUUGCAACACAAACCUAGAAGUUUUGGGACUCACGCAACACAAGUUGCAGUCCGUAGUGUAGUGCAGGUUAGCAACGACAAACGCAUCACAAAUCCAUCUGCUUAUCCUGGUUACAGCAUUACAAAUCGCAAAACAUGACUAGAAACGCCUCUCAUGGACGAGAUGCGCAAUACAAAUGUUCCUGUCAUUGCAAAUCUGCAUCACAACUCUGGGGUUGUAGGGACGGUUUUACAAAUGAUACGUUUCGCGCCAAGUUUAUCCGCCAGCAACUGGCGCGGCAGUAUCCGGACUCCUACGUCGACUCCUACACCGAUUCGCAAGCGCAGUAUGCGUAUCAAAUGCAAAUAUCGAUCUGGGUCUGGAAGGAUGCGAGGUUUGUCAUGCGCAUUUUGCAUGGCCCCUAAUGUCCUCUGUGAUGCAUUCCCUAGCAUCACAGAUUUUGUGAUGGCUUUCUGAUGCCUAGACUGCAUGAGAAAUGCCCUCUCGCCGUCGCAAAAACUGGACCUCUUUUGCUGUUCGUGCAACACAGAGUUUUGUAGAAUCCAGAUGCAGCUGCAUCACAAGUUGCAUCCGUCCAGACCCAGAUCGAUAUUUGUAAUGCAUAACGCGCAAACGCAGAGGGUAGUGUACCGAUCCGUCACCUUGCAGGAGAAGGAGAAGCUGGAAAAGGAGAAGACGGACCGGGAAGUGCGGAAAUUCGAAGAGCGGAAAAAAUCUAUCACACAGAAAAUGUUGAAAAUGAUUGAGAAGUUUGUGCUAGUCCGUUUUGGAAUACUAUUUGAUUAUUCCUCGCUCUCGAAUUUCAAUUUUGUUUUGGUGCGCCGCUACGGCGCACCAACUUUGUUGCGGCGCAACGACCUUUCUGGUGCCUAUCAGAUGCCCGGCGCAAGAACUGUGUCCGGCGCUUAUCUCUCUGUCCGGCGCCCAGUGUCUAGCGCCUAUUUAUUUAUGUCCUGCGUCUGUUUUUCAUUUUCUGGCGCCUCGCUUCCGGCCGCCUUAUUUUCCUAGCGCCAGCCUUUUUAGUGUCCGGCCUCUUUUUCUCUAGCCAUGUGCGGCGCCUUUUGUCCUCGCGCCUCCUUUGUUGGCCUCGCCUGGCGCUCGUUUGUCCGGCCCCUUUUUAAUACCUGGCUGGCCAUCCAAUGCCCGGCGCCUUUUUUCUUCUGGCGCCUCUAUCAUCCUAGGCCGCCAGUUUUCAUGUUCGGUGAUGAGAGCACCGCGCAGAACCGAUUGGUUUGUCGGAUCGUCGGGGUUUUUCCCUAUACCUGUUUUAUACAAUUUUUCUUUUGGAGGUCACUAGCACUGGCCUAAAAGUAAAAUUCGAGAUUUCAAGAAGUAGACAAAAGGGGCGGGCGAGCAAAAAUUAUAUAAGCCUUUUCAUCGCAAGAGUUCCAUAUCCCACCUCCGCGCGCGCGUCGGGUUCCGGCACAUUUGGUCAAAAAUCAAGCUGAAUGGCUGCCCGGUGAUACUCCACAAUGGGUUUUUCGACUUGCUUUUCCUGUUUCACAACCUCGAAACCCCGUUGCCCACUAUCAAGUGCAAAAAUGUCUGGGUCUGGAAGAGUGUAGGCUUGUCAUGCAGAUUUUCCAUGACCCAUGAGGUCUGGAAUGCGGGACUUAGCAUGACAGACUCUGCGAGGGCUCUGCCAUGCUUAUUCUGCAUGAGAAACUCCCUUCCAACUUGGUCAAAAGUGGACAGCUUUUGGCACUCAUGCAACACAGAUUUUUGCAUGCUUCAGAUUUACCAUGACAGGUUGCAAUCUUCCACACCCAGACAUUUUUGCAGUUCAUACCCACCGACCUGAAGCACUUCCGGCGCGAGUUUGUGAAGCGGGUUCCGCUAUGCAUUGCAAAUAAGUCUGGGUCUGGAAAGUUGUGAUGCUAAUGAUCGCAUGAUGCGCGGCAACCUGUAUUACGUGGCUGCGCAUGACAAGUUUCUGAGCGGCCAUGUCUAGCGUUAAUCGCAUGAGAAAUCAUCGCCUUUUUGCAUGACAAACAAGUCACGCUGUAGCACAACAAGCAUGACAGACUUUUCUGUCUUGUCGGCCAAGCAUGACAAACUUACUUGCACUCUUCCACACCCAGACAUGUUUGCAAAUGAUACCCGAACCCGAUUUUGGACACCAAAAUCCCGUCCGACGUCUAUUACAGUGAAAAGUGCCCCCCACCCCCAAAGUUGCAAAAAUUUGUGAUGCGAAGUUUCCAAAUGAAACCUUUUUGUCAUGCAUGAAAGGAACAUGAAUCUUUCUGAUGCAGAUUCUAGUGUUGUUUCGCAUCGCUUGCAUGACAAGCACCGCUCUUGCUGGGAUCUUUUGCAAUACAAAUUUUUGCUAUUCACGAUUGGAAAGCUGUGAUGCUGAUACAUGCAAGAGGGCCAAUGUUUCAUUUGGAAAGGUUUGCAAUACAAAUGCUUUCAAGUUCGGGGGUGGGGGCAUUUUUCAUUGUAAUAACGUCGACCUGAAAUUGAAGUACGGCGAGCAGGAACUGCCGUUUAGCUCCUUGGAGGAGGUCCACAACCUGUUGACGAAGUUCCACCCGGAGUUUAUCGGAAAAAGGUUCAGCGUGGUGAAAUCUCUGCAGGAGUUGCAGAAGCAGUACUUGUAUCAAAUGCAAUGUCUACUUUGUGUGUCUACUUUGUCAUGCAUCUCAUGGAUAAUUGCCUCGGUGGUCUGGAAUGCACAGAGGAGCAAUGUCACAGAUUGCACAAGGGCUUCUUAAUGCCUUGUACUCAUGAAAAAUUCGCGUUCUUUUGCGUAAGCAAGAAGUGGGCAGGUUUUGGCGUAGUUCCUGCAACGCAGAUGUUUUUGCAUUGGAUCCAGACUCGGCAUGAGAAGUUGCACAAUCUUUCCAGACGCAGACACAUUUGCAAUGCAUAGCUUGGAACUGAACGGCAACACCGCCGAAACCGCAGGAGCGGGGGAAAAGCUUGUGGCUGCGGAUCCAAUACUUCCCGAGGACGAGAAAUACCACGAUGCCGGCUUCGACGCCUUGCAAACGGCGAAGGUGUUUCUCGGCCUGACCACGCAGGAAAAAUUUACCUGCGAGCCGAAUGUGUUGCCCUUGUCUGGGCGACACCUUUUCCGGGUUCUGUUGCAGCAGGACAGCGUCACGAGCAAUGGGUCCGCAAGAUUUGCUGCAGAAUCGUCUGAGCUUCAUCAUAGCGCAGGGCUGGAGCCGCCGGUGCAGCGGCUGAUCCCAGAUCCGAGUGUGGAGGAGAGGAACAAUAUCAAAAGGAAAAAUCCCCCCUCCCCAUAUCGAAAUAGAAAUCUGUGAUGCGGGAUUUGUGUACACAAAUCGGCUUUGUCUUGCAGUAGAGGACUGCAGGCAGAUACAGAGCGGCAGGAGGGGCGUUGUGGUAUAGCCGCCUAACAAGGCAGGCAUAUCCUCCGCAGGCCGUGCAGCAUUACAAAUUGCCUGCGGAACGCGGCCAGGUUUUGGGAUUUGCCUUCUUGCAAGACAGAGACGAUUUGUGGUCUCAAAUCAGCAUCAUAAAUUUUCGGGAGUAUUCCACUUUGGUAUGGGGAGGAAGGAUUUUUCUUCACGAUAAACAAGGGGGACAAGAAAAACAAAAGAAUUUCCCAUGUGAAAGUGUUUUAUGCAACAUGGAGAAAAGACUUUCUCUCUAGCAUUAUCGUAUACAGCUACAACAUGAAGUGAGGCUGGUGGCGAUUUUUUGCAUUCUCUACUAGUACCACUGGGAAUUAUGAAAUUUGUGUCUGUCGAUGUUGUAUGUAGAGCUGUGGACCAAGAAAAUUAGAGUGCGAUGACGCAGUUUCUUUUCGCAAGUUGUACAUGUUCCUACGGUUAUCGGUAGUCUUUUCCCGCUCGAUACUUCUGCCAACAUCACGAACGUUGGGCUUACUCAGGGCGCAAUGAGUGGCAACAACCAGGCGAACUCGCAGUCCCAGCACCAACAAUCGUCCAACUCGCUCGCCCGGCUGGAUUUCAACGCGAUGCAAACCGUUCUCGGGAAGGUCCUCGGGAUGGAGGAGAAUAAAUCGCUGCAAGCGAGUAAUUUCACCCUCCAGCACUUUCGCUUUCUGCACGAGGGAACCGCACUUGCCGUGAUUGAGGAGGACGUGUAUGAUGGUGGUCUUCAUGCUGCCGGAACGUCAGACAAAGGGACCACUACAACGACAACAAAGGCCAGCACGUCGACAGCAGGGACAAGCUAUCAAAUCGGCACCCUGCUAGACAAGCUGCAGCAUGCGUUCAAAACGGAGAAGAACUUUCACUUCAACGUCUGCGAGCUGCCGGAAUACGAGGACGCCAUUGAGUCUUCGUUAUGAGAAGUAGAGCACACAAGAGUUAUUGAUUUCCUCCCGUCCUACUUGUUUGGAGGGCCUGAGCAGCAACAGUCUCUGCAUGGAAAAUCGAGCUUCUGUAUGGAGUGUAGUACUGUUUAGAUGAAUGGUGCAUAGAAUGAUGCAGUACUACUUGUGACACAGGCAUUAGCGAGAGUUGGGGUUCUUUUGCAUGGCAAAUGAUUGGCAUUAGGUGUGUUUUUGUGCUCUUCCAUAUUCCUUUGUCUCCGUCUCCAAGGAUCACGCUUCCUCGACGAAAAAUUCGGGCACGAGUGGAGCAGGAGGGAACACCAAGCCCGCGAUGACCGCUGGAACGGCAAAUCAUGUUGGAGGUGACCAUAGUACGACCUCCUCUGUGAUGAACUUAUCUGGUGGCGACGUGGGCAGCAGCUCCAUGGAUCGCACGCGCAGCAGUGCGACAGAUGGUCGGGGCGGUGGCUCGCAGUACCAGGAGCGGGUUGGGAACGCGAGCAUCCUCGUUAUCGAUGAGGACGUGGAUAUGUUGACGAAGCCAGCGACCACAGCUGGGGGAAUGACGAAGAAGGGCGGUAAAUCUUCGGAGCAAAACCAGAAUGGAAAAAAUACGGAGAACCAGCACACCAAGAGCGAGUCGAAGGAAAAUGACAGGAACAACAUCAGCCACAAGCCCGCGUUGUAUCAUAAUCACAACAAGAUUUUUCUGACGAAGGUGGAGAAAACCAAUAUCAUCGGGAAUUUCGGCAAUAACUUCAAUCGCGGAGGUGCCGUGAAGACAAAUCGGCACGUGCCGGAAGUCAGCGGAGAAAACUUGCUGUUCUAUCCACCGGCAAAACGGCUGAAGUCUUCGGAAUGA